GAGUGGGAAAUGAUUCACGAGUGAAAACAAUUUUCAUUCAGUUCUAGUUUGUUCAAAGUCGUGAUUCACUUCAUGAUUCAAUUGUUAAUCAUCAUGAGAUAUAACUCAUCAUCAUGUGUAUUCAAUUGUUGUUAUUAUUAUAAUCUCAUGAAUUGGAAAGUUCAAAGUAAAUAGAAUAACUUUUUUUUUUCAAUUCGUCAAAAUUUUCUCAUCCCUUCGCCUCCUUACACUUACCAUGGACUUUGAAACAGUUAAUCAAACUUUUCGCUUCUCAUUAAGUUACAAUCAGGAAUUUAAAUUUAAUUGUGAUACUCAUCAAUUAGUUAAUUAAACGUAUAUGAAGUGCCAACGUAGGACAAUUUGUAAUGGCGUUAACUCAUUCAUUUACCUGGAUCAUUCAUACAAUUAUUUUCAUCCCAUUCAGUUUAGGUUCCAUGACAUUCCAGGCCAAUGUUUACGAUGAAUACGUUAUCCUUGGUAACAUUGGAGUCUUCAAAUGUUACUUUCCAAACUUCCUUCGAGAUCAUGUCAAAGUUUCAUCAUGGGUUCAGGAUGAUGGUCGAAUCUAUGAAGAAUCUAAAUCUUCACCCAAAUCAGGUUCCAGGAUAUUCAAUCUUAAUGGUAACCUUUAUAUUGUUGGUGUAACUCGAGCGGACACUUAUCAUUCAUUCAAAUGCCAGGUCACUAAUUCAAUUACAAACGAGGUUAUAAUUAGCAGUUCAAAUGGUAAAUUAAUUGUUACCGAUCCAAAUGGUUCAGUUCAACCGAGCAUAAGUAACACCCAACGAAGCGUUAAAAGUAUCGUUGGAAGUUCAGUUGAAUUACCAUGUGUAGCUCAUGGUUUUCCGAUUCCAAGUUAUCGUUGGUUUAAAAGGUCACAAUUAACGGAGGAAAAUGGUUCAACUAUAAGUUCCGACAUCGGUUCGGAUAGUUCAUUGGUUAUUUCACCUUCAUCGCGAUUCCAACUAAUCUCUGGAACUGGAAUAUUGAUCAUCAACAAUGUGACCUCAAGUGAUUCGGGUCGCUACGUUUGUGUGGCCAAUAAUAGCGCUGGUGAAGAUAGGAUUGUAUUUGACCUUUCGGUUAAACAACCGUUAACAGUUACCCUUGACCUUAUAAGUAAUUCAAAUGUUGAUCAUAAUCUAAGUGAAGGUAACAACAAUUUAUCUGGAUCAUCAUCAUCAAGGAUAACCUUGGGUUCACAGGUUAGAUUACAUUGUAAGAUUACUGGAUACCCGGUACAUUCAAUUGGUUGGUUUCGUGAUGGUAAACCUUUAAAUCAGGUUAAUCAAAUGACCACAACUGACCAGCAUGGUAAUAAUAAUGGAACCUUAUUAUCAUCAUCUUUGAUAUCAUCUUCUGGAAGGAUAAAGUUAAAUAGUUCAUUGAAAAUGUUAACCUUGUUUAAAAUUGACCGUUCGGACAUUGGAUGUUACUCAUGUUCAGUUACAGGGGAUUCUGUUGAAUCACCUGUAGGUUCAACUCGGUGUUUAACUUUAUCAGAAGAUGCACCCCAAUUGAAAGAGGUGUUUCCGGAAAUGUUUACAUCCCCUGGAGAUAGAAUGUCACUUAAAUGUGUUGCCUCAGGCAAUCCACUGCCAACAGUUACCUGGACAUUAGAUGAUCAGCCAAUACCGGAGACUCAUAGGAUUCAAUAUGGCGACUAUGUUAGUAUGAAUGGAGAUGUGGUCAGUUAUGUUAACGUGACCAGUUUACGAGGUGAAGAUGGUGGAUUAUACCAAUGUGAUGCUCAUAAUGAUGCCGGAAGUGUCCAUCAUUCCCAAAUGAUUUACCUUAGAGGUAAACCUUACAUCCGUCCAAUGGUCAAUAAGACAGUAUUAGCUGGUCAACAGGUUAGGAUAAGAUGUCCAGUUUCAGGUUAUCCGAUAACAUUAGUGAAAUGGUUUAAAGAUGACCACGAACUGCCCUUGAAUGACCGUCAACGGGUCCAUAAAAAUGGAACCUUACUAAUCAAAGAUGCCCGUCGAGAUUUAGACGAAGGUUAUUAUCGGUGUAGAGCGAACAACGAUCAAGGGGAAUCCGAUGAGAAGCGAUUCUUUGUUCAAGUACUUCGUAAACCGAGUAUAAGUUCAUUCAGUUUCCCAAUUCAUUUAACUGAAAACAUGAGAGUCAUCAUAACAUGUAAUGUAUUAACCGGAGAUCCACCGAUCACAGUUAAUUGGUUAAAAGAUAAUCAAACAAUUAACACUUCGACUCUUGAUGAUGUUCAAGUGACUGAAUUAACUGACCUUGGGUCAUCCCUUGUUUUCCGUGAUGUUAAAUCAAAACACGCUGGUUCUUAUACUUGUCUGGCUACUAAUCAAGUCGGUCAAGAUUCACACUCAGCGGAAAUGAUUGUCAAAGUGCCACCGAAAUGGAUUAUUGAACCAACGGAUAAAUCAACAAUUGUUGGUGAACGAGUGACAUUUAAUUGUCAAGCUGAUGGUUUCCCGAUGCCAAUAAUUAGGUGGAAAGUAUCAACAGAGGGUAAAAGUGACUUUAAAUCAGUUUCCAGUAAUUAUCAUAUUCAAACUCUAGAAAAUGGCUCAUUAACCAUAAAGGAAGCCGAUGUUGCCGAUUCAGCUUAUUAUCUUUGUGAAGCUGAGAACGGGGUUGGGUCAGUAUUGUCCAAAGUGGUCUUGUUAACUGUCCAUAUUCAAGCUCAUUUUAAAUCAACCUUUCAAGUGAUAAGGGUGAAACUUGGUGAUCCAGUUAAUGUAAGUUGUGAGGCGAUUGGUGAGAAACCAAUUAACAUCAAAUGGCUCAAAGAACGGACUGAAAUUGAUUUCCUAAGUGAUAGAAGAUAUACUGUUAAUGAAAAAGAAACACCAACCGGCCUUAUAUCAAAUUUAAUUACUCCAAUAUCCACUCGCUCUGAUUCUGGGAGUUUCCUGUGUAUCACUUGGAAUCCAUUUGGUCAAAGUGAGAUGACCAGUCGAGUUCUAGUUGAGGAAGCGCCUGACCCACCGUCUGACCUUAUUGCCCACGAAUUUGGUAGUAAGAGUAUUUCUUUACGUUAUUCACUUCCUUAUUCGGGCAAUAGUCCAGUAACCAAAUACAUCAUCCAGUGGAAAAAAGAUGGAGGUACUUGGUCAACAGCAGCAUCAACAACUGAAAUUGAUGGAACCGCGUCUCAGGUUUUAAUUAAUGACCUUAAACCAUUAACUAAUUAUGACAUUAGGAUGUUUGCCGUUAAUAUGAUUGGUAAAAGUGAACCAAGUAAAAUAAUAACGAUAACAACAGAUGAAGAAGCACCAUCAACCAGUCCAGGAUCUGUAAGAGCAGAAGCAAUUAGUUCAACGUCUAUUUUGAUUAAAUGGAAGCCACCGAAACACAUUGAAUCAUUUGGCUCAAUCACUGGUUAUUAUAUUGGCUACAAAGAGUUGAACUCGGAAAAAGCGUUAAUUUUCAAAACGGUUGAUAAUAAAUCCAAUUCAAAGCUUCAAAUGGCGAUUAACAAUUUACGUAAAUCAACCUCCUAUAUUUUCACCGUUCAAGCUUUCAAUUCCAAAGGUGCUGGACCACAAUCACCCGAAAUUGUGGCGAAGACACUGGAAAAGGAUCCACCCUUGUCACCUAAAUUGUGGAUCGCAAGUGUAACUGCAUCAACGGUAUCGAUUAGCUGGUCACUUCCAAUGGAAUCAGAAACAUCAAUAGGAUUCAAAGUGUUCCUACGACAAAGUUCUAGCGAUUUUAAAACUCACGAGACUCUGGAGGACGGAAAAUUGACCUCACACAUUAUAAGGUCACUUCAUUGUGGAACCAAAUAUACAAUUUAUAUGAUCUCAUUCAAUGAAAUUGGUGAAAGUGAACCAAGUGAAGCUUUAUCAUUCCAAACUGAAGGAGGAGCUCCCAUUGCUCCAGAUAAAAGUUCAUUGCUCCACAUCAAUUCAACAUUCAUCUUACUUCAAUUGUCUUCAUGGCGAACCACUUCCUGUCCUAUCAACAAUUUCAUCGUCCAAUACAAAGAGCAGGGUAACGUUGAAUGGAUCCUUGUCUCGAAUACAAUUUCAUCAGUUUCAGAUCAGUUCCUCGUUUCCGGUUUACAUGCAGCCACUUGGUAUAAUUUACUUAUUGCUGCUCAAAGUGAUGCAGGAUCAACGGAAGCAGAAUAUUUUUUUGCCACUCUAACGGAACAAGGAGGAACCAUUUCACCAAUGUCCGUAUCCUCGAACCCUGAUGAACAUCGUUUACGACGUUAUGUCCAAAUGGUCUUACCAGUGACCACCGUUUUUAUAUCGUUACUUGUUGUCGUUAUAUUUAUACUUUUCUUUGGAUUUAGAAAAAAUCGUAACAUGUCAACGGUAAAUAAUUUAAAUGAUCAAGUGUCACCAAAGGCUGCAGAUAAUAUUUCAAUGUCUUCCACCAAAGUCGUUUAUGAAACUGUCCAAAGAGAUGAACGAACCAGCGUUUACUGUCCAUCUCCUUAUGCAACAACUCGAGUCUCACUUUAUUUUCAAGAUAAUCCAAUGAAACUACAAACAAAUGAAAACUCAUAUGAUAUGCCUUUACUCAAGAAUCAUCCAAAUAACCGAUCUCUCUAUGAAUAUCAAGGUACAACUAGUGGAUCUUGUGAGAAUAGUAAUUUACUUGAUAUUAAUCAUGAGCCGAUAUUUUCAAGAUGACACUAACAUGAUAAUCAUCAUCAUUAUCCGGAUUAACAUUUAAUUAUCUAAUGAUAAUAAUACUGAAAAGUUUGGUAACAGUAAACAUGGAUUAAUUGUUUGGAAAGGAUUGGACAAAAAAUCAACUUUUAAAGGUUUAAUUUAACGUGGAACCAAAACUUGACGAUUAAACCAUGGAAAGAGCUUAAAUCAACAUUUGAUUGGUUUGACAAUUAAAAUCGCUUUGAUUUAAAUGGUUCAUGAUUUCUUUGAUUUAAGCGACAAUUUUUGUCGAAAUAAUCUUUCCCAAAGAAAAAAUUGAUGACCAUUUAAUUCACAAAUUGAUU